AUGUCUACCUCUCCCAAUUCCCCCCUUUGCUUGUCUUUCUUCCGGCACGCCUGGACCAUGUUCAACCUCUGGUGGAAUCAUCGAUGUCAAAUCCCCCUACACUCCUCGCUUUCACCCCAUUUCUGUACCCAUCUCCAUUCACAUGCAUCAUCAUACACUCUCUCAUCGCAUUGGAACAAUAGUCAGACUCUGUCCAUUGCGCCUAAACGUCCGACCUGGAAAACCCAAGCAUCUCCUAUCUCAUCACCGACUCGAGGAACUUCCACCGUAUCAUCUGCACAAGUACUUCGUGCUGACGAUCAAGUGGACGAACUCUGCGAUGAUGUAUCGAUCAAAGAGGAAGAAACCGAAGUUGUGCAGAAUGCAAAUGUCGAUAGACGAAAGGUUCCUCCUGGAGAUGGCAAUGGCGUUACCCCAUAUGGUCCGACUGUCGCUCGUUCACUCGUCGAGCUCAACACACUGUCUGACAAUGUUCUUGGAUCCUCAUCCUCCAUCAGCCCUCCGUCCCAUACUCUUGACCAACCUUUAAGCACAGGUGCGAUAACACCGACAACAUCUGAUGUCGCCAAAAGUACUUUGACCUCUUCGCCAUCGCUAGAUGACCGGACCAAUAUUGUCAAUGCCCCCUUCGUCAAACCAGUGACUCCUGCCGUCGCUCCCCAGGCGAGGGUUCAAUCGAUUUCAAUAGUCUCAAGCAAAUUGUCUUGCGUUGAAAUCCCGACCAUGCGUCGAGCUCGUCUUUCCAAGUAUCAAAAGUUUUCUAUCCCCUCAAUGCUUCCCGACUCCGAAGCAAACCAAUCCAUCAUUAGAAAUACUUCGAAUCCCUUAAGCCACGCGCCACCUAUUUCAUUUGAUCCGAAUCAAGACUCACACUCUGCUGAUAUCCUGGGAUCACAGAUAUCGAUUGACAAGGAGGACAGAUUGAAGACGAAGAAGCGUAAGAGCCAAGUCAAACAGGAUGUUGAACAAUCUGAAAGUCCCUCGAGAAAGAGGACAGUGGUUGAUCAAAACACGGUAGAAGUCAAGGUGGAACCUGAAGUAAAUAAUCUCAGCCCCCAAGAAUCGUUGAGGAGAGGUAGAGCAAAGAAGUUUGAUGAUUAUUGGUUAAGUGAAGGCCUCUCUAGUGAUGCUAAGAGAAAGAAAAUUCAGAUCGAGCGGGAGAGAUGUCGGUUGUUGGUCCGAGGACACCUGAUGAUACUGAAAAAGAAACCAUCAUCAUACUUACGGGACUGUAAGGUACUUGUCAAUCCAUCCCUAUUCCCAUCCAAAAUGAAGAAGACCAUUGGGAAACUUGUCCAAGUGAUCAGAUUGGCCGGAGGAUCAAUCAUCAGCAAUUUCAACGACUUCGCAAGCCCCAAUCAUGUGAAAUCAUCCGUUCGUGUGGUAAUCAGUUCUUCCAGUCACACGAAGGUGAAAGUAGAACCUGGCACCCAGAAGAUCUAUCACUUAGAUCUUUAUGAAUUCCUUCAAUGGUUCGACAGACGAUCGCUUAACCCUUCACCUUCCAUUGAUACAUCAUCCCGGAACAAAGUCCGUCACACAUUUGAUCCUCGAGAUCUUGUGAUCCAUUCCGCUAAACAUUCAAAGAGGUCUCGUGAUCAAGCCCCUCGUCCUAUACCUAGUGAUCAGUUUUACGGGAAUACCGCUGCGUCAAAUGGGGUUUUCAAUGUCAAUCCCAAUAGUCGAUCACUUAGUGGAUCUCGUGCCGAGCUACGACAUGCAAAGCGACGACAUAUUACACGGUCGACUCUUACAGUCAGACCCUCUAUCGACUCGUCCAACUCUAGAAAUACUUCAGACAUAGCUUCGGCUCCAACAGAAACUCCAUUAGACCGGCUUGCGAAGCUCUUCAAACGCGCCCGAGCUCCCCGGAUCAGGUCAGAAUGGCUGUCGGUCUCGGAUUCACAGAGUCUAUCGGAAGCCAAACAAAAAGGAAACGAAGCUGUGGAAGGCUUCUACAAUGAUCGUCGGUUGAAAUGGUUCAAGACAGCUUUCCUUGAGCUGGCUGAAUGGACGGGGGAAACCGAUUUACUUCGCCAACAUGUCGUUCACCGCGUGAAGGGGUACAAGAUCGCAUCUUUGGAUGAGAAUCGAACUAUGAGUAGGAUCAUUAAGAAUGCAGGAGGGCUGAUCCUCAACAAUGAACCAAUAACCCAAAAACAUCGUCGCUUCGCACUGGUCAAGCCCAACGAAAUCUCGCAAGAGAUCCGAACUCUCGCUGUGCAAGAGGAAGUCUUACUCAAAACAGAAUUUGGACUCUGCGAUUAUCUCUUUAAUCGAUAUUUGAAAACCAAGUCCCUGCCGGAACAGCUUGCAAUGUUGAUUUGA